AAUAACAUUGACACAAAAUGGACAUGAUUUUGUACGAGCACACUGAUGAUUUUUUACAAAUAUAUAUUCUUUCAAAGUUUAAUAUUUAUAAUGUUACCUGAAAUUUUAACUGAGAAGAAUCCUGACUUGCAAUUUGAAACUGGCCUGGACACUUUAACACCCUCUACGAUAGGUUUAACAUUUUAUGCGAAUAUAAAUAAUACAUCAGAAAACGGUUAUGAUAUUGAAGUAAAACCGGACGAAUGUUGCCUUGAGGAUGGAAAUAGAUUAGACUGUGAUUAUUUACGGAUCUUAGACGAAUUUAAAACUACCGUAUCUAAAGGCUCUACUAAAAAUCUAAAGCUUGUAGCACCACUAUUAGAUGUCUACGAAAGGAAAGGUCAUUGUGUCGUCUAUAUUGAUUCCAAAUCUAACGCAAGUAAAGUUAGAAGAAAUACACUAACGUUACGGUUUGAUACAAAAAGUUCGAGUGGUAAAAUAAAUUUACCGAGAAACUUUAAAGUUUGUAAAUCAAAAGACGAGGAUCCAUUGAACAAUUGUGAGCCAGUCAAUUGUGAUACGUAUUACAACAGCGAAAAGAGUUAUUACAACAAAAAGUAUAAACGAUGUGCGCGAACUCCCACUUGUGUAUCUAAAGAUGAUACUGACACUCCCAAUGUUAUUUAUGAUCCAAUAACAAACAAAUGUUUAGAAGAAGCUCUCAUAAAGGAGGAUCUCAGAUAUGUUAAAAGUCUAAGUAAAAUAACAGAAAAAAUGCAAAAACGUAGGAAAAGUAAAGGCAUCCUGAUCAUUACUAAAAAUAGAUCAAACAUCUCAAAGUUUUUGGACGAUUUUGAUUUUAUUGACGAACCAGUGAAAUCAACAACAAGGAAGUAUUCAAAGUGUUUGUUAACGCAAUUACCAAAAACACAAACAAAAAUGUUGCUACACACGAGCGCAAUACUAAGUACCAUACAAACAACGGAACAACCGAUAUCGAGAAGCGACUGCACAAAGAAAAUAUUUAGAAAAUAUCUAGACGCUAAUAAAUGGACAUUUAUUGUACUUGGUAUAGUUGUUACCGUUCAGUGCUUCUUAAUUUGCACAAUGUUUUACUGUCUCUCAAAAACUUGUAAUUGCUUCAAGGACAAAAAGGUUGUGCGAAAGUUUUUCUAUCACGGCCACGACGCUUCUGUCACAACCCCUUUAAUUGGUACAAGUAAUAUUGACACGGAAACUGAUUAUCAGUAUGUAACCGACUCGUCUAAAGUCGACCAAAAAAUCAAAUGUUACAAAGCGUGUCAUAAAGAAAUAAACAAUGAAAUGAAAGUAAGUAUGUCCGAUGAUAUAUUGUCUAAGUGCUUAAAUCGGAGAGACUGGAGAAAACUUUCCAGAUCUGAAGCAGUUACUAAGGAAGGAGAGAUUGUUCAAAAGAUACUGGAAGAAAUAAAAGAUAAGCCUAACUCAAAAAUAGAAGACGCUAAAAAAAUAAGUGAAACAAGAGUAAUCUUCGAAGACGAAAUUAGCAAAGUGGUGAAACCAAAAGUUUCUACAAUUAAAUGUAUCAAGGUAGUUGAAAAGGAGAAGGAAAAAGAAAAAGAAGAUAAAAAAGAAAAUGAAAAAGAUACAGAAGCAGAGAAAAAUAAUAUAGAUAUAGAAGAAACUGCAUCUGAAAAGGAAAUAAAAUGCCACAGCUAUAGUUGUGAUUCUAAUGUGACUGGAUUUCAACCAAACAAAAAGGCGGGUUGUUUUAAAUCGGAACCAUCGAAACGAGGAACACUGUCUCUAUCAACUGAAAAGGAAGCUCAAGCUAGUUUCCCAAAUGACUCUAUCGACGAUUUCUUAUCAGAACGCGGAGUUAUUCACUUAGCUGGUGAAAAUCUUUCAAAGUACACGUUCCACACUGAUUCCAAAGAAAUAAAAUUAUCCACUACCUCAUCAUUAUCAAGUAAAACGUCUAAAAAUUUUCUGAAAAACGUCCUAUCUCUGCUCCGUAAGAAAUCUAGACAGGGUCCAUCUUCAGAUCCUGGGCAGAAGAAGGAAAUGAAUCUCGAAUUGAUACACAUGUCCAAAGCCUCCGUCUACUCAUCUAGCAACGAUUCCGACUGUGCCAAAAUAUUCAAAAGAAAGGAUUCUAGAACGUCGUUUUAAUUUAUAAGACUUUUAUAACGUUUUAGUAUUUAUUUUAUAGGUGAAUUAAAUAUAUACCUAUUA